AUGUUGUUUUUCCGCAAAACCCCAAACAUAACUCUGAAAUCCCUCUCCUAUCUACGUCGUCGUUUCGCAACAACCCUAAUUACCAAACCCUUCCCCGACAAUCCCACCGUUGCAUACUACGAUGACCUCGCCGCCGACGCCUUCAGCUCCGGCGACUACAGUGCUCUCCGAGACGUCCUCAACAAGCGCGUCCAAGACGGCUUCAAAAACAGCAAACAUACCUUCAGUUUCAUAACUCACUCUAAUUGCUCUCCCUCCAUCAUCGAUAAGCUCGUAGAAACCGUCUCCCAUCUCAAUGGAGGUAUCACCCGCCGCAACGCGCUCGACUUGCUGGUCACGCGCCUCUGCAAGAUCCGACGCACGGAGGAGGCGCUUCGAGUGAUCGAGACAUUGGCGCGUGGUGGGGUCUGUGUACCAGCCGCGUGCACUUUCUACCCCAUCCUCAGCUUCCUCACAAGGGAGAAGUCCCUCGACCACGCGUGGCGCGUGGUGGAUGUAAUGGCUGAGUUCGGUAUUAGGCUGGACCUGAUAGGCUACAACCUUUUUCUGAAGGCUUACUGUUACGGCGGAGAGUUUGACGAGGCGGCCGGAGUUUUGAGGAAAAUGGAGGAAGAGGGUAUUGCGGCGGAUUCGCGUACGUUCGACGCGUUGGUGUUGGGCGCGUGUAGGGCGGGGAAGGUGGAUGGUGCAAUGGUGAUACUGAGGAGGAUGGUGGAUGAUGGAGUGUACAUGAUGUACUCAACGCACAUGUAUGUUAUUGGGGCCCUUUUGAGAAUGAAGUGCUAUGAAGAUGUUAUGAGGUAUGUGAGGAGUUUUGUUGGGAGGGAUAAAUUGUUGGAUGCUCAGCUUCUUGGUGUUUUGGCUAGCAAGUUGAUGAAUUUGAAGAAGGUUGAAGAAGCAAUGUCAAUUUUGGAGGAAAUGAAGCAAAGGGGUGUGCCAAUGGGUUAUAAACUCAGAGAUUUCUAUAAAACGAAUGCUGGAAAGGAAAAUGGUGCAAGGGUUGAUGCUGUAAUUGCAGAAGGAGGAAAUGGAGUGUAG